UCUCUCUCUCUCUCUCUCUCUACACCAAAACGGGAAUAUGCUUCGAGUGGCAGGGCAUCAGGGUUUCUCGACGAUUGAGCUUGGGGGAGAAUGCAAGAGCUGGAGUAGCGGCGGCAUCGGAUCUGCGACUCGGCUGCGGCCGUGAGUAGCUGCGCAGCUCGAAAAUCUCUGGAAUUUAGGUCUGUAGGAUCUCCUGGUGGAUGGAUUCAGACGAUGACAUGCAAGACGCCUACACCUCCGACGGCGACUACUAUGGCGAUGAGUACAGCGACGCGAUGCCCAGCGACGAGGAGGACGAUGACUCCGUCUACCCGUUUGAUGAUAAUUCCAUGGACGAUCUUUCCCCUUCCACUCGGGCGCCUCAGAAUAAUUUCGUGGUGCUGAGUGAAGACGAAAUUAGCAAGAGGCAAGAGGAGGCUGUGAAGAGCGUAGCGGGCGUGUUAUCGAUUUCCAAGGGCGAUGCUAGUGUUCUUUUGCGGCACUUCAAGUGGUGCAUCAGUACUGUAAAUGAUGAAUGGUUUGCCAAUGAGCAAGCUGUUCGCAAGACAGUUGGUUUGCUGGAGAAAUCCGCGGGGAGGAGACCUCCCAAAGAGAUUGUUUGCGGGAUCUGCUUCGAUGCUUUCGGGGUUGACAAGAUGAGAGCAACGGUUUGCGGGCAUUACUUUUGUAGUUUAUGUUGGACAGGAUAUGUUCAUACUGCGAUAUCCGAUGGCCCUGGAUGUCUGACACUUCGAUGUCCUGAUCCAUCUUGUAACGCUGCUGUUGGAGAUGAGCUUGUUAUGUCGCUGGUUUGCGAGGAAGACCGUGUCAAGUACAAUAGAUAUUUGUUACGCUCGUUUGUCGAAGACAACCGAAAGGCAAAAUGGUGUCCUGCUCCAGGAUGUGAUUUUGCGCUGGAGUAUUUUCCAGGUAGUGGUUCACAUGACGUUGUCUGCAAGUGCGGUCAUCCAUUCUGCUGGAGCUGUUUGGAGGAUGCCCAUCGGCCCGUUGAUUGCGAAACUGUGACGAAGUGGAUACUGAAAAACUGCGCUGAAUCCGAGAACAUGAAUUGGAUUCUCGCCAAUUCCAAACCUUGUCCAAAGUGUAAAAGACCGAUCGAAAAAUCUCAAGGAUGCAUGCAUAUAACGUGUACGCCUCCGUGCAAGUUUGAGUUUUGCUGGCUUUGUCUUGGACCGUGGUCCGAACACGGUGAGCGCACAGGGGGAUUUUAUGCUUGUAAUCGGUAUGAAGCUGCUAAGCAGGAAGGAGUGUAUGAUGAAGCUGAAAGGCGUAGAGAGAUGGCUAAGAACAUGCUUGAACGUUAUACACACUACUACGAAAGAUGGGCCACAAACGAGUCAUCCAGGCAAAAAGCGCUCUCUGAUCUUCAACAGAUGCAAGCUUUACAUAUGGAGAAAUUAAGCGACAGACAGUGUCAGCCUGUAUCACAGCUAAAGUUUGUGACGGAUGCUUGGAUGCAGAUCGUAGAGUGCCGACGGGUUCUAAAAUGGACAUACGCGUAUGGUUAUUAUCUUCCAGAAAACGAGGAUGCGAAGCGGCAGUUUUUUGAGUACGUGCAAGGUGAAGCGGAGGCCGGCCUUGAGCGCCUACACCAAUGCGCAGAGAAGGACUUGCAAGUCUUCCUGGGCGAGGAUCCUCCGGAUGUCCCGUUCAACGAGUUUCGCACCAAACUGGCUGGUCUCACAAGUGUAACGAGGACUUACUUUGAGAACUUGAUGCGCGCGCUGGAGACGGGGCUAUCGGACGUGGACAACUCGAAAGCGGCGGCCAACAGCAACAAGAACAGCAGCAGCAGCUCCAAGGCGUCGGGAAGCUCCCGGAAGAGCGGCAAGAAAGGCGGGAGCUCCAAGAACAAUGGGGGCUCGAGCCGGAGCGCCAUUGACGAGAGCGGUGUGUGGUCGUGCGAGCGCUGCACCUUCGCUAAUCCAUCCAGCGUGCGUUCGUGUCAACUGUGCCACCACAGGCCCUGAGAGAAGGAAGAAAAGUUGUCUUUAAGCAAAGUAUAUUCUUGGUAUUUUAGGGCUCCGUGAAGGGAAUCCUGUAUAUUCCUAACGGUCAGCGAAUCUAAGCA